UCUUGACAUAUUUUUUUAAAAUCCAUAAAGUUCCUAUCCUAUGUAGUUUGUGGAUUAUUUUGUUUGUAAACAGGAGGAAAAUAUUAUUUACAAAAUUAUUGUGUGUAACAAAAUUACUAAGAACUCUUGACCAGUCUUCAUAGAAAAUGGUUGAGAAAUCUACAAAGGAGACUGCCAAUAUGGCCGGCAAAAAAGGUCAAGCGGCUGGAGGUGACGCCCCGUCAGAUAAAAGGUUAAAAGACAAGGACAAAGCAAAUGUAAAAGACGCCAAAGUUGGAGAUACAAGUAGGGGACAAUCUAAAGACAGAAAGACUGACAAAGAUAAAGAAACACCUAAAGACAAUAAGAGUGUCAAAGACAGAGAAACGUCUAAAGAAAGAAAAGAUAGGGAUCCAUCGAAAGAAAGGAAAAGCCGGAAAGAUAGAAGCGGAUCGAAAGAAAAAAGAAAGAGGAAACGGAAUAAAUCCAAGGGUAGUGAAAGCAGUAAGGGUAGCAGCAAAUCGAAGGGUAGGAAAGGAAAGAAAGGUAAAAAGGAUAGGGACGAAUCAAAGGGUAGAAAAAGCCCAAGGGACCGAAGCAAAGAGCGAGGGAAAAAAGGUGCAAAAUUGGAACUUGAAGAAAUUCCAAAAACCGACUCUGUUUUAGCCCAAGAAGCAGCGCUAGAGAGAGCGGCGCAGAGACAGCUGCGGUUCAAGAAGCAGUGGCCCGAAGUGACGCAGGUGCCGAUCAAGACCAAGCCUUGGGCCCCACCGCCGCCGCCGCAGAAGCCUCCGCCUGUUACGGUAUACAAGCCACAGCUGAAGAUCGUACCAUGGGUGCCGCCGCACACCCAGAAGAAGGAACCACGGCCGAAACUGGCCAGGAUACCCCCAGAGGAGAUGACACAACCCUUGACCGCUGGAAGCACUUUGAAAAAGAUUUGGCAUAAUUUCGUCCUAGUUGACACUAACAAGAUGAUGCUGCAAGGCACCUUGGCUUGCAACUCUAGACGGUACAUAUCAUCUUAUACUUGCGGUACCCAAACAGCGUGCAUAGCGGCAAUAUGCAGAGCCAUGCUCGAUGAGAAAGAGGCAUCGCAACUGGUAAAGCAAGAUGUGGACGAUAUCAUAAGAAAUGGCGACCAGUUCUAUAGGCAGUGCUUGCUGGCUUUGAAGUGCUAUAAAGGGAACCCAGCUCUGAACCUCAAUUUAUUGAUACCUGCGUUCUUUUUACACGACAUAAAAUACACAUUCAAGCUGGAUGAAGUGGAAGCUGGAGUACUGACGAAGCCUGAAGAUAGCACAGAUUCUGUGAUGGACCUUGUAGAGAUUAUGGAGAAACGCAUCGGCACCACGUUUUCUUUCAUCCUCACGGUCGGCGACAAACAUUUCUACGUCUGGGGCCACCCGCCCGAUGCCGAGGCUAAUAGUUCGGCACAAACCAUCAUCUACAUAUUUGAUCCGCACAUGCUGAAUGAAGUCGGACAGCCGGAACAUGCACCACUAACACCAGGAUGCUGUGCACAAUUUGGAGCUGCAGCUUUUCUCCGAUACGCUGGCAUUUCCUCCUUCUUAACUGAUUUCCUGUCCAAUUACGGAGACCUUGAAGAUAUGGAAAAGGGGAAACCACCACCGGCGAUAACUAUUACCAAUAUUGAGAUUAUGCAAAAAGAGCCACUAAUUCGUCAGCCAAUGUACGAUAUAGAUAUGAAAGCGCAUAAAGCUCAUUGUCGCAAUGAAUGGGAGGCCAUGUACAGAAAUUUGCUAUACGAAUUGAAACAAAAGGGACAAUACCCAUUACAAUCAAUAAGUAAACUGAGCGUAGCAACCUCUCGAAAAAGGUCCAGAUCAAGAGUCAAAGAUUAUUUCAAUAGAGGUGGAAAAAAAGAUAAAGAAGAAAAACCUGUCCCCCCUGUGGCACCAGAAAAGGGAACUCAGCUCACACUUGAAGAAAUUAUGGCUAUGAGGGGUGAAGAUUUCUUUCUGUACAGCCCUCUUAUGGACGAGCACAUGUUUGGCAGAGAUGACCGAGCAGAUUUAAUGCAGACCAAAUCCGAGGAAGUGAUCCACAGUAUUGUCGACAAAGCGGCCAAGACCUACCCCACUCAGUUCCGACAGCUGGACAUUGGACGGUGGAUUCUGCGAGCUACGAGGCACAUGGCCAGUAAACGGUACCAAUCAUUCAAAAUCUACACAGCUAUAGCGUGUUGCGUGGCGUCGCUGGCCAUGUUGCGUCGACUGCGAGCCCGCGCCUGGAACGAAGAUACCCUCGAUGAGACGCUCGAUGUCGGGUAUAACUUGUAUCGGGAAUCUUUGGCUGACAGGGGAGGACCGAUACGUCUUUUGGUACUGGGCGAACUGAAGAAAGAGUUUAUGAUCCGAGAUAAGGAGUACUUUUUUAGAGAAAGAGGUAUAGCUGUUUGGGGCAAACUGGUGACAAAUGACAAAAACGUGUUCGAUCUUUGUAGAGGUAUCGAACAAUUCUUCAAAGAAUCGGAUGCUGGGGUCCUACAAAUACCUGGUGAAGUGGAAACAGCCAUAUGGCAUGAAGGCGGCUUCAUUUACAUUUACGUCCCUUGGCCUGCUGAUCGAUAUGGGACUAAGGUUGGGAUUCGAGAGGGCGGCAAAGCCUGUCUCAUGUGCUUCGACAAGAUUCUACGUCUGUGCGAAUAUUUCAUGGAUCAAAUAGCUAUGGGCAUGAGAAGAAAACCGUUCGCGAUAUCCGAUGUUCUGGUCUUUGAGAGGCUGAAGAGGUUGCCCGAGCCGAUUAACAAAUUGAAGCCCGUCGACCACAACCGCUGGGUGAUGCGCGGCAACUUCAACGAGACCGACGAGAAGUUCCCGGAGGAGCACCGCGGCAAGCAGGGCACCCCCAUGAGCAUCGUCGCCGUCGCCAUGGCGCAUCUAGUGCCGCCGAGCAACUGGACUACGGAGGACAUUGACGAGACUCUAGAGCGCGGCGACAUCCUCUACCAGAACACUCUAGAACACCUGGACAAGCUCGGCAUCAACAUAUCGGCUCCUAAGACCGGGGAGGAGGCGGAGAUCGAGGACACGGAGAUAACUGGGCCCACCGGCACGCUCGCUGCUGUCGAUGUGCUGAAUCGAUUCAGGGUUAAAGGGAGUGAUUGCAUCGAGACUGAAGUUUUGGAUAGCGCUUAUACAGGUACACUUCGAGGGUCACCCGACGAAGGUAUCCUGUCUUUGAAAGACUCCAUCAAGGAAUUAUUCAAAGAUGGCAAUAACCACGCAAUACUGACGGCUCGCGGCAACUCCAUGGCAAUAUGGAAGGAUCAGGAUUGCUACUACUUCUUUGAUCCUCAUGGGUGUGAUGAGACUGGUUUUCCAUCUCAGGAAGCCAGAGCCAGGGCGGCUUUAGUCCGCGUCCAAGGUUCCACUAAAGACCUGGCUGACACCAUCGAGUCAAAUCUCUCUCCUGGAUCCGAUGACAGCUUCAAUCUGUCACCUGUCAAUAUUAUAGCCACGAAACUAAAUACUGUCAUCAACGCUCCUGAGACUAUUCUUGAGAAUAAAGGAUUCCAGUGGAUAAACCAAGGCACAGCGGCCAUCAUGAAUGGCCCUAGAGGUGAAAACUCAGCACUUGGUAAAGCUUGCGAGAAAGCUGGUGUACCGGCCGACGACAAAGCCGGUCGUCUGCUAGCGCUACCGUGUGCCGCCGCGUUCGUCGCCGCGUCCAAGAGCGUGCCCCCUCCGCAUAUGCACCAGGAUCACAUCUUCAAUAUUCUUGAUGCCGGUGCGGACUACUACCUGCACCACAUGAAGAAGACGGGACGCAAGGACAUCAACGUGGAUGACUUGAGCGAGAAGUUCGAGAUGGGAGCCAACACCUUCUCAAUAGAGCUUGGAGAGCCCAUCACACUGCCACUGCGGAUACCGAGCGAGACUGGCGGGGAAGGUGGUGAUGAGGAUGAGGAUGAAGAUGAAGAGAAAGAAAUGAACGAGGGAGCUGAAGAAGAAAAAGAAGUUGGUGAAAAGCCAAUGAAACAUAUCAAAGAAGCUCUGGAGGUGGUGUGGAACGACACCACUAAGCCCACGACGGUGCAUCUGUUGGUCGGAGACUACCAUCAACUUGGGGUUUGGAUGAACGCUGGUGGCAAGGUGGUGGUGUUUGAUGCAGCCCCUCAUAUCAACAAUGGAAUGCUGACCACUGCUAGAAUUAAGAAAGGUGAUGAGCUGCGUCUCCAGCGUCUGCGAGACGAGAUGCCUGGAGAAGCCGGUGCUGAAGGGUACGAUGAUGACUUCGGUGAUGAUGACGAUGCUUUGGGAGAGGGUGAAGAGAAGCCGGGAGAAGACCAGCCGGUGCCUCCAGACUCUGUCGCGCUGCUGAUGGUCUACGCGAGCCCAGGAGAGUUUUUGGACAAACUUGCGAUGCAAGGCCCGCUGACUCCGGUGCAGACGAAAGCGCCAUACAAGUUGUACCCAGUGACGAUCACCAAUGAACUGACAUCGGUGCUGAAGGACCGACGCAAUGCGCCUUCGAGAGUAGGCAAUGAUGUUGAGGAGAAGAAAGAGGAAGAGGAAACUGCAGUGGAAGACAGCCUAGUACCCGAACUGCCUGAAGAGACGAUAGGCAAGUACUUCACGCGGACAGGGCGCUCGGUCGCAUCAGCUAGAGGGAAGAUCGCCCAGAAUGAACACUACUUCCUGGACCACCCGAAUAGGGACCACCAGGACGCAGCAAACGCGAUAAUGGGCAUCGUAGUGGACAGCAUAGAGCCGUACAAGUACUGGAAGCCAUCUUUGAUCGAUGCCAUCUUGAAAUACGGUGACAGGUUGUACACGAUGUCUCUGCCGAACGCGAAGAAUCCCCCGCACCUGACGGCCGAUGAAGUGGUCACGGAGUUCCAUGUUACCAACUUCAGUGUACGGCUAGAGGUGGAUCCAAUAACAGUGCACGGCGACUACAAGGCGGGUGAAACGGGCGACAUACUGAACAUAAAACGAGGAAUCACGGAAUUCUUUGAAAACAACCACGCCGGCGUCCUCUGUUGCAAGAACUACUGCAUCGGCAUCUGGAAGUCGGACGAGGGCGAGGCGUACUGCAUGUGGGACGCCCACGCGAUCGGGCCCCGUGGGAGGACGUCUCCGGGCGGUGCUGGGGGUCUAGUGCUUUUCUCAACUAUCGAUGAGUUAGCUGAAACCUAUGAAGCAAACAUUGAAGACCUGAAGCGUCCUGGAAAUAACAAUUUCACAAUCCAAGCCGUGAAAGUCUUCUGGGAAUACAACAAGAUUCCCGACAUAGUACCUAUAGGAGGCACGGUGCCUGACGACGCUUACGAAUGGAAGGUGCUCACUGGAUUUGUGGAGAUUGGACGAGGGCGUACUAUCUUGAGAGGGUCACCUCCUAUGGAUCUUGUGAAAUUCGCGCACGACACCCUCCUCCAAUCUGCCUGUGGAGCCAUCGUCGCAGCCUGCAUGUCCAAGAUACGCCAGGCUGCACUGUGGACGCGCCUGACUGUGGACGAAGUCAUGAGCAUAGCCGACCAGCUGUUUGUGGCGUCUGUGGGGAACCUGGGAUACGAGUUCCGGCCGGGUGAAGAUGUGUUGCUGCCUCUUCAGGUGCUGAAACGGUUCAUAAUAGGUGUAAACUACAUCCGCUAUGAUCUUCAUGAAAUACACACUGGGAAACUGGUCAACAACCAACCUUCGGUCCCGGGACUUGGGGCGGUGCUAACAUCCUUCUUCGAGUCCUACACCCACGGCGUCCUCUGGUCGAGCCCGCUCGGCGUGGCGGUGUGGCGCACCGAGGGGCUGCCCAACUUCUACAUGAUGGAGCCCCACGCCUGCGGGCCUACUGGGUUGAGGAAGGAAGAGGACGAUGUUGCAGCUUGCGUACUGUCCUUUUCUUCUCCAAAACUAAUGGCAUUUGCAUACCUCCAAAACUACUCGACCGAAGAGCGAUUCAAGAGGGAAUUUACACUCUAUGCCCUCAUCAUAGAGGUGAAGCCCAUGAAGGGUUUCCACGGGGGUGAGCAGCCGGUCAAACAACCCAAGGACGGCAGUUUCCUGGUUUCAGCUACCAGUAAGGUCGGCGUUGAUGGAAAGCCUCGUAGAGCGGACGAGCGUGACCGUAAACAUCCGCCUGGAGAACUCACGUGUCGUGACGUGGAACGGGCCACCGCUGCCAGGGACAGAGAGGAUGCUAUGUUUAAGGGUCAACGCAACAGUAACGGAUGGCUGGUGCUGAGGGAUUGCACUAAGUACCUCUCGUCUCAACACUCGAUGAGGUGCAAGCGGUACAGUCGAGGGUCUAGAGGGUAUCAGGCGAUCCCCAUGUGCAUAAUGGCGGUGGCCAUGUCCCGCGUCCUACACAUUUGCUCGUGGCGCACGCAGACCACGGACCAGGUGCUGGACGGCGGGGACCAGCUGUACCAGGACAGCUACCUGCACUUCCGACCUGCUGGCAAGCUGCUGGCUGUUGAACAGGUUCUCCGCAAGUUCUACACUCCGGGCAACUGCGUGUGUCGCGUGGUGGUGUACCAGCCACGCCAGCAGGGCACCGUGGAGGCUGAUCUGAUGGAGAAGGUGACAGAAUUCUUCAGGGAAGAGGAGCUAGGUGUCCUUGUGACUGGCACUGGAGAAACAGCCGUAGCGCUGUUCAGAACACCUCAUGGCUACUUCAUGUUCGACCCGGACGACCGCGACCGCUACGGCCGCGCCGUGGCGCCCCCGUGCGCCGGCCGCGGCCGCGCCUGUCUGUCCAUGUAUCCUUCUAUUUCAUGCCUGGUGGAAAAUCUUGCGUCAAAUAUUGAUCCGGGUACGAAACCAAAAGGUUUGAAAGCAGAAGUGAAGGAAACUGUGGAACCUGAUACUCAGCAAUCGGCAGAAGAAAAAGCCAUAGAAUCGGUAGAAGAGAAACCAAGAUUAUCAACAGAAGGGAAAGCCAUGGAGUCGACAGAAGAGAAACCCAGACUAUCAGCUGAAGGAAAACCUAUAAUAUCAGAAGAAGGAAAACCUAGAUUAUCAGCAGAAGGAAAACCUAGAUUAUCAGCAGAAGGAAAACCUAGAUUAUCAGCAGAAGGAAAACCUAGAUUAUCAGCAGAAGGAAAAACUAUAUUAACAGAAGAAGGAAAACCUAGAUUAUCAGCAGAAGGAAAACCUAGAUUAUCAGCAGAAGGAAAACCUAUAUUAACAGAAGAAGGAAAACCUAGAUUAUCAGCAGAAGGGAAACCUCGGUUAUCAACAGAAGGGAAAGCCAGAGAAUCAAUCAAAGAGACCACAACAGUGCGUUUUGAAGAGCCAGUUGAACCACCAGUUACAUUCAAAAUCUAUGGCAUGGAUGUGACUAGCUUGAGAAGGCUCAAUGCUCAAGAAAGUUAAGUUACACUGCUGUCUUUAUGUUGAAAACCUGUACUUUUGUCCGUAAUUCAAGUUUUUUUGUUGUUUUUCCGUCCAAAGAGUAAUAAUAAGUACCUACUCAUAUAUCUCUAAAAGCAGAACAGGAAUUUAGUGCUUUGUAUUUUUUAUGAAAUAAAACUACGUUUCUAACUGUAA